AUGAAAUCUUCAUUCCCAUUAUCAUUUGUGGCACUAUUCAACAGUUUUCGCUUCUGUGCAGGCUCCGGUUGGGCCCCAGGCCUCCCUUACGACCAUAACACAAUCCACUCUUGCAUCGAGUGGUACGACAACGAUGAGGGAAAGACGUGUGAACAAGUCCGAGACUACUUCAAAAUCACUCCUGAGCAGUUCUCUGAAUGGAACCCUUCAAUCAGCCUCGACUGCAAGCCAUGGAAGUUGCAGUCUUACUGCAUCGUCACCUUGGAGAGAGUAGCCACUGAUCCACCGAAGCCGAGAACAACAGAACCGACAAUUACUAUCAUCCCAACCCCGUCAACUACCACCCUGGGACCCUCUCCCGCUGCUUGGACUCGCCUUGGCUGCUAUGUCGAUACCAAUGCUACCUCGCCAGUGCUGGAGAAACGCUUUAGCAAGGACGGUGGCGACGCCGCUUUGACUAUCUCAAAAUGUGAAGAUACUUGUUACCGCGCUCAAUUCGAUUUUGCUGGUGUCAAAGAAGGAAAUGAAUGCUGGUGCAGCAGCUAUGUCGCUGGCGAACGGACACGCAACGAGACCGAUUGCAAUACGCCUUGCAGUGGCGAUAAGACCAAGAUGUGUGGCAGCAAGGAUCUCGUCAAUGUUUUUGCCCCUGACUGGGAGGCUACGAUGAGGUUGUCAGUGGCUCGACAGAGGUAG